AUGACGGACAUCCACGAGCCCCGCCCAUCGGAGCCGGCCGGCAACGGUGUCACGGAACACAGCCACGAGUCGACCCCGCUUCUCCCUACCACCGCGUUCCGAACUGUCCAUCAGACCAUCUCAAGCCGCAUUGCCCACGAAGGCGAAAGCGGAAGAAGCGGUUUUCAUCUCCGACACUUCCUGAUUGUGUUGUGGCGGAGCUCGUGCACCGCUUCUAUGCUGGUCAACUUCCUGUGGCCCAUCGUACCAGUCGCCAUCGUUCUCAACAGCCUCCCUGGACUUCAUCUGUGGAAAUUUGCAACAGCAUACGUGGCCGUGGUGCCCUCGGCAAAUCUGUUGGGCUUUGCUGGACAGGAAUUCGCCCGAAAGAUGCCCAAAGUAGCUGGUAUUUUGAUCGAGACUACAUUCGGGUCCAUCGUUGAGAUAAUUCUCUUUGUGGUUCUUAUUGUCAAGCACAAUACUCACGAAGGCAACGGAGAUGAGGGAAACUUGAUACCCAUCAUCCAGGCUGCCAUCCUCGGAAGUAUCUUGACAAAUCUUCUGCUCUGCCUUGGGCUUUGCUUCUUUUUUGGUGGAGUUCGCAACUCAAGCCAAAAGUUCCAUGCCAUCGUCUCUGAAGUAGGGACUGGGCUCCUCUUGGUUGCCGCGUUUGGACUUUUGAUUCCAAGCGCGUUUUACUCAGCUCUUAAGGCUGAGACAUGGCCGGAACUCCCAGGUCUCCGGGUUACGUUCCAUGAAAAGUUCACAGAAGGCACACUUCAAGCUGAUGUCUUGUGCAUAAGCCAAGCCACGUCAAUUGCUUUGAUCGUGGCCUUCUUUCUCUACAUCUGGUAUCAAGCCAGCAGCCAGCACAGCAUAUUCGACGAGGUAAUUGAGAUGGAUGAGCACCGAGAUGCCGACCGUGAGGAGGACAUGGAAAAGCCCAAGUUCACCAUGACGGAAACGGCACUGGCUCUCACAAUCUCACUUGUGUUAGUGACACUGCUCCUCAUUUUCCUCGUUGAAGGCAUUGAAGAGGUCGUAGAAAGUGGGAUACCCGACCAAUUCUUAGGCUUGAUCCUCCUCCCGUUGGUUGAGAAGGCUGCCGAGCACUUGACUGCCAUCGAUGAAGCUUGGGCUCUUUUCAACGGCCCCUUGGUUGUCCUUGUUGGCUGGGCAUUGGGCAAGCCGAUGGACCUGAAUUUCGAAAUAUUCAUGAUCGGCUUGCUUGUUCUUUCCAUUCUGGUCGUGGGAAACUUUUUGCGGGACGGAGAAUCAAACUGGCUGGAAGGAGCUUUGCUCGUGGUCGUCUACGUGAUUAUCGCGAUUGCAUGCUGGUAUUAUCCGAACCCUGAUAUGGCCACUUCCAAUGGCCUGGAGGGUUCAAAGAUGGUGAACAUCACUAUGACCGUUGACACUCUCCGGCAAAUCCAGCAACUCCUGACGACGAAGCUUGAGAACUGA